AAUAGUGAUAACAUCUCAGAUUUUACUUAUUCUCCCAAGUCUGAUUCAAUUGAUUCAGAUAGUACUGAAGAAUAUGUUAAAUUUCAGCAAGAAUGGCUAUGGAUCAUCGAUGGUAUGAAUAUUUUAUUAAUGCUUACAGAAUAUCAUCAGACCUGCUUGGCAAAGGCAAAGUGCAAUAGUAUGAAUAAUUCAGUGGAAAUCCUUGAAACUGGAGUUAGAGAGGGCUUUGACAGGAAGCUAUGGGCAACAAUAAUAGACAACAUUGGUGCUGAAUUUGUUCUCUCCCUUCUCUCUGAUCAAGACAUUCUGAGUGCUAGAUAUGAAUGUUUCUACACUGAUAAAAGCCAAAAAAGAAUAUAUACUGGUCAUAGAGAUACAUUAGAUAAGAUGAUUGAUGAUGGUGUAGAGAGUAGUGAUGUAAUUAUCUGUGGGCUUCUUGUUUGA